ACUUGGGCCACAAUUAUUCCCUAACGAUCCAUACGGGAAUUGGGCUUACGCUCUCAUAUUAAAUGAGCAAUAGCUUGAUCGGAAUGCCUUCCAAUCCAGCCGUAGUCCAUAACUCUUCUGUUUUCCCCUCAAAAUUUCAGGCAUUGCUGUAUAGGCUGUCCGGUGAUUAUAAUCCAGUGGAUUCAGAUCCUGCCAUUGCUAAAGUCGCAGGGUCUGUAAUCUCUCCAAUCCUUUAUCUCCUCAUUAGUUAUUCUUUCACAUUGUUGUCGUUGUUUCAAAGUAACAGCACCCAUGUUCUGCAUCGACAUUGCAGAUUCCCACGUCCUAUAUUGCACGGACUGUGCAGUGUGCACUCUUGGAUUUGCAGUCCGUGCAGUCAUCAAAUGCAUCGGUAGAGGAGACGCGAAUGCAGUGAAGAACAUCCUGGGAAGGUUCCUCUUACACGUUUACCCUGGCGAGACUCUAAUCAGCGAAAUGUGGCUUCAAGGCUCGAGGGUCCUUUACCAGACAAAAGUCAAAGAAAGAGAUCGGACCGUGCUGGCUGGCUAUGUCGAUCUUCAUCAUAUACCUUCAGCUCUGUAAACCCAGUGGGCAAAAAUGUCUGAAAACAAUUGUUCUGGGGAGGAGAUCGUUAAUUGCCCUAUUAGCAGUGGGAAAAUGACAUUCGUGCAGAAGCUGGCAAUAGUGUAUGCUUAUAAGUUAUGUUGGUCGAGUGAUUGUGGUAUCGAACUUUGAAUUCAAAAAUUUCAAUUUCUUUUUUCUAUAAAAAAAAAUUCCAAUU